AUGCUCCAAGCCCUCCCCAACGCCGGGGCUCUGCCCCCGGGAGGCGGCCCGGAGGAGAUGGCCGAGGAGGAGGACAUCGAAGCCCUCCUGGAGGAGAUGGAGUACCUGCCUGGCCACUUCCACCUGGACCUGAACCUCAACUUUGAGCCGGGCUCCGGAGCCCCCUUCCGAGGCCGGGACAUGAAGCUCCAGAGGGAGAGCCUUCGGACGGAGCUGGACUUGGAGGCGGGGCCCCUCCGCUGCGCGGUCCGCAACCUCCUGGGCGUCUUCUCUCUCCACCUGGAGGAGCUGGAGCAGGCCCGGGAGCUUUUCCUCCAGGUGACCCAGGAGGCGCCGGACAACCUGAACGCCUGGGCCAACCUGGCUCACGUCUACGACCAGCUGGGCCUGGAGCAGGAGGGGGCUCGCUGCACCGAGAGGCUGGCCUGCCUGAUGGGCCUGGAGGCCCAGGAGGACGAGGCCGGCGAGGGCGAGCUGCAGCUCAGGGCCGCCCGCUGCCUGGCCGAGCAGGGCUACGCCUCCGCUUUCGACGUGGGCUUCCUGAGCGACAGUGACCAGGUCCAGAAGCUGACCGCCGGCAUCGCCCUCUACGACAAAGGCCUGGCCUACGGGCAGAAGAUCCCGCUGGAGGAGAAACGAAGCUGGUACUUCACAAUGGCAACGCUGUUCCUCAGGCUAGAUGGCAUCUUACUGAACCAGGGCACUGAGGAACAGACGAGGCUGGUUCCAUUUAACCGCACCCUCAAGCUGCUCCGGGAAGUGGUCAAGUCCUCCAGCACCUACCAUCGAGCUCUGGCCUGGUGCUACCUUGGGAUGCUUCUGGAAAGGAAAGACACCUUCUCUACCACCCCUAUGGGUGUGCACGACUGCGGCUACUCAGGGACUGACCCCUUGGACUGCUUUGGCAAGGCCAUAGACAUCGCCAAGGACCACGUGCCCAUCUUGAACCGGCUCGCCAAGAUUUUCCAUUUCCUGGGGAAGCAAGACAUGGCCAUCGGCAUCUGCAACAUGGCCCUGGACGCCCUGGCGGACCCCGAGCUCAACUGGCAGGCCUACUGCACCAGGGCCAAGAUCCACACCAAAGCGUACCUGCGGGACCUGGAACGGGCCAAGGCUGGGCUCGGAGGCCUGCCGGACAGGAAUCACCUCACUGUGGCCAGGGCUGACUUGGAGGAGGUGGUCAAGGUGUGCCCAGGCCUGAAGACCUACCUGGACAUUGGUCAGGUCUACUAUUACAUGGGGGUGGAUGCUGUGAAGGAGCUGAUGGCCGUGGACGAGGCGGCCCUCAACAAGGCCUUGGUCUUCUUCGCCAAAGCCAUGGAGUACGACAUGGGGGAGACGCUGCCCGAGCUCCAGCUGCUCCGAGGGAAGUGCCUGCGGAUCAAGGGCGAGGAGCCCAACGCCGUGGAGUGCUUCAAGCGGGCCGUGGAGCUGGAGGAGAGCGGCUCCCGCCACACCGAGGCCUUCCGCUGCCUCCUCGAGACCCUGCUGGCCCUGCUGGGCCAGGCCCGGCUGAGCGCCGGAGAGCUGGGCCGGGAGGUGGACCUGUGGGUGGGCAAAGCCCAGGGCAAGUACCCGGCAGAGCGCGUGCGGCACGAGCUGCAGCGGGUGUGCCGCAGCCACCAGGCCGAGGUGCUGGCCCUCUCCAAGGCCAUGGUGGCGCAGGGCAGGCUGCGGCUGGUGCGGCUGCUCUUCGACAGCAUGGGCGGCGGCUGGACGAAGCCCAAGCUGAGCGAGCGCUCCCUCUCCUGCUGAGCCCCUGCACAGGACGCGCAGGCCCGAGACGGGCCGGAGACGGGUCUGAGACGGGCCAGAGACGGGUCUGAGACGGGCCAGAGACGGGUCUGAGACAGGCCCUGAGAGACAGGCCCUGAGACAGGCCCUGAGAGACAGGUCCCGAUACAGGCCUGGAGACGGGCCUGAGACGGGUCUGAGACGGGCCGGAGAUGGGUCUGAGACAGGCCCCGAGACAGGCCUGGAGACGGGCCUGAGACAGGCCUGGAGACGGCCCUGAGAGACAGGCCCCGAGACAGGCCCCGAGACAGGCCCGAGACAGGCCCGACACCGCCUUUUAGCUGGGCCGACGAACUGGAACUUGUCCAGAUGGUGGAUCCUGAGCGCCCUCCAAGGCUUACAGAGGGUGGCCGGGCCAGACAGACCUGGCCGAGGAGCCUUCGAGGCCUUCUGGGCCCCGUUGGUCGGGCCCUGGCGGUUUCCUGCAGGAUCCUGGACUCCAGCUAGCCGGCCAGGUGGCCCCCUGAGCCUCAGAGGCGCCCCCUCCUUCCUUCUGCCUCCUGGGACCCCGAGAGACCUUGGAAGGCCGGCCGCCAGCUUCCUCCCGCUUCUGCUCUUGCCCGGCCCCUUGGGAGCGCCGGCUCUUAGACUGGCUCGCCUGCUGGAACGCGGGCUGCUCGGGGGCAGCUUCUUUUCUGUCAGGCAGGGAAUAAACGGACACUAAACCCACUU